CUGUCUGUCUGUCUGUCUGUCUGUCUGUCUGUCUGUCUGUCUGUCUGUCUGUCUGUCUGUCUGUCUGAAUUAAAUCCUCUAUUUAUCAGGACCUCUAUCUGAUGCUAGUGGUGCAGUCUGGGGACUGACCAGGGAAAUGUACCAGGAUCCACUGCUCACAUAGCGUCUACUGUCAGCGUCUACCCCAUCAGCAGGUUCAGCACUAGACGAUCUGUUAAAUGAACAAUGUAAUGUUCACUGUGUGUGUGUGUGUGUGUGUGUGUGUGUGUGUGUGUGUGUGUGUGUGUGUGUGUGUGUGUGUGUGUGUGUGUGUGUGUGUGUGCGCGUGCGCGCACUGACUGGCACAAUGCCCCCCACAGUGUCUUUCUGUCUCUUUUAACAACGAGGUGCUGUGUUCUCUCCCUGCCCCCACAGCUGUUUGGCCUCACUGCCCUCAACUAAAACAGCUGACAUGCCAGUGAUGGAUAAUCAUAAACAUUUUUGUGAAGGACCAACUACUGACAUCUUCUGGCAGAACAAGGCACACAUCUCUGUGGGGAAGUUCAGGACUCCCCACCACAAUGGGGAGUCCUUCAGCCACUAAAAACCGCUUAAAAACGAACACCACUUUGAGCCGUUGCUUUUCUUGCCUAUAAAAACAACGACUGUGGCUAAAAAGUAUCGGCCAACAGCCAACAAAAUUUUAAAAGCACUGUGGCUCUAAAUGUGUAUAUGCAAUUGCGUAUUCAGGGGAUAAUAGACUAACACCCACAUUUGUCAACCCCCCUUUUCUAAAUCUCAGCAGUUUGAGUUCUCUAAUUCCCCGGCGAUGAGCAGCUUCUACGUCACCGCGGUCUCUCCAGUCAAGUUUGAGGCCCGUGAAAAAACAGUUUUUAUGGACUUUAAAAACGUUGCGGACGGGAGCCCGUAAAGUGGGACGCGCCGUUCUGUCUCCAUGGUGAUCGAGAGGACGCCCUGCCUCGGUGUCGCGGCGUACAGCUGAAGGGGGCGUGCACCAAUAGGAAACGACCACUCGUUCUCUAUGUUCAAUCUCAUAAAGGCUCAUGAAAUCCACGAUGGUAAGGACAACACGGCAUCAACUCGACAUCAGCAGAACUGGCCGUUUUACAAUAACAUCUAUUACCCAUACCAGCCAGAGACCCAAGGGACCCGCUCAUCAGCUGGGAUCCCCUCCCUCCUAAACUCCCCCCAGAGCCAGCCCUCUUCCAGCAGCCGGUGUCCUCCAGCACCACCCCCACCAGCCAUGUCUGCCUCCACAUCCACCACCAUCCCGCCCUUCAAAUUCCGUCCGCGGCGCGAAAGCGUUGACUGGCGCCGGAUCAGCGCAGUGGACGUGGACCUGGUGGCCAGCGAACUGGACUUCCAGACCCUGCAGGAGCACAUCACAGGGGUGACCUUCUGCAACGUGGAGUGGGAGCGUUGUGUCUGCUGCCAGAGCCCCGUGGACCCGGCGCUGCUCAAGCUCUUCCGCCUGGCCCAGCUGACAGUGGAGUACCUGCUACACUCCCAAGAGUACUUGACCCUGAGCCUUGGGGUGGCUGAGGAGAGGCUGCAGACCCAGGCCCGCGAGCACCAGCAGCUCCUGGCCCAGCAGCAGAAGCAGGCGGACCAGGCCAAGGUACUGAAGACGGAGCUGAAGCAGAGGAAGAAAAUCAUUGCCCUCAACCAGCAGGCUAUGAUCAACAUGACUAAUUGCCAUAAGUGUCAACAUUGUGAUAAAGCCUUCCUGAAUUCCUCCUUUCUCCAGAAUCAUAUGCAACGUCGCCAUGCAGACGAGUACGACAGCCAGUUAAGGACAGGCAACCAGAGGAAAGUGAAGAGCGUUGCAGAUGAAGAGGAGAUCAGUCGGCUGAAAGGGCAGCUGAGUUCCACCACAUCUGAGCUGGAGUCACAGAGGCAAGCCCUCUUGGCCAAAGCCUCUCAGGAAACAGACCAGCAGUCCAUGCAGCAGGAUUUGAUGAGAAAGCUAGAGAGAUGGAAGGAAGAAGAACACAGGAAGAUAGAGGAGAUGAGAGACGGUUUCCGGGGGGAGAUAGAGAUGCUUCACAACAGGAACGCUCUUCUUCAACAAAAAGUGGAUCUCCAGUUGACCAAUCCUGAGAGGAGGCCCAGUCCUGCUCCCCAGCAGACUGACCAAGACAUGGAUGAAAAAAACAAGGUUGUGGUACAGAAGAUGGAUCAGAAACACAAGAAACUGGAAGAAAGGUUUACAUCAAAAAUAGAAAAAAUGAAGGCUAACCAUGAGAGCGAGAAGAAUCAGUGGCAGGAUCAGUUAAGCAGGUUGGAGUCGUUUGUGGUGGAGUGGCAGCAGCAGAGCCAGAGGCAGAAGGAGGAGAGUGACCAGCGGCUUCAGGAGCGGGACCUAAUCAUCUUCUCUCAGCGAGAGCAGAUAAAGUAUAUGUCCUCAAAUCCACCUACUAAAGUAGAAGUUCCAGUGAUCAUAACAGCCCCAGCACCAGAGCCUAAACCAAAGAGAGUAGUGAAGGAGCAGCCUCCCUCUGCUCCUAAACUGGAUCCUAUAGAGGAGCUGUCUGAGGAGGACAAAGACUCGUCCAGCGUUGUCCUGAGGAAGAACCGCAACAUCAAGAGGGAGCUGCGCCCCGCCCUGGAGCAGGCACUCCUAGAGAAGCUUGAGUCCCUGGGAGUCAAACCGGGGCUGAGGGGACUCGGAGGCAGCGAGUACAGUGAUCUCAUGGCUAAGGUGCGCUCGGAAAGAGAGAGUACGGCGAGGGACAUUCCGGACUACUGGCGUCACCGUGAGGAUGUGGCUCACACACUGCGUCUGAGACUGAAGGACAAGAGGACGGGGAGUGACUCUGCCCCCGAGCAGCGGGUCAAACCAAAACAACCCACUCAAGUGACCCAGGCCAGACAACGGUCCAGCAGCCUUUCUUCCAAGGUGACCCAAGUGAUGUCAGGAACACCAGCAGCGCCUGCCAAACAGCCUGCCCCCCGGACCCUUACCAGUACCCUGCCCAAGACCUCCACUCCCAAGUACAGCGUCCCAGCCCAAACCAACACAACCCAAGACCACCCCCAUCACAAACUCACCCAGUCCAAACCGGUCCAGGCCAGAUCUGGCCAGCCCAGGACCACCCAGGCUCAGCCAUAUAAACCCCAGCAGCCCAGAAGCGCUGCGGUCAACACAACCAAGCUGGGGGUCACUGUGGUAGAGAGUGAGGGAGAGUGGACAGGGGAGAGUGAGUUGGAGGAGAUCGACCCACAACAGCUCCAGAACUACAAAGACCAGAAUGGGAACGUACAGAAGACUACAAACAAUAACCUGGUCAAGGACUUGACUAAGAGCCUGGAGAAGCAGCUUGCAGACAGAGGACCAAAGAAGCCACUAGGGGGAGUGACCACCUUACCAGAGAGGAAAGACAAAGCCGUUGUACGGGAACUCAAGUAUACAAACGAUGAUGAUGAGGAUGACUGGGAUAUCUCCUCGUUGGAUGACCUAUCGGUACCCGCCCCCGUGAGGAAGAGCCUGGACUCAGACAGCGCUACCAGUGUCUGGGGAACAUCCACCGGGAAGGGGCAGAAAACAGGUUUGAAUGAAGCAGGAACCGGCAGCACUCUGAAGAGCAGCCUGGUCUUUGUCAGCGACUGGAGUAACGAUGAUAUAUAGCAAUAGGAGGUGAUACGGGUUUACAGUUCUACAAUGAUAAAACUCAAUAUGACGUCCAUAGGAAUUCUUUGGAAGAGAAAUGUACUUGUACAUGAUUUACCUAUACUGUUAGAAUAACAGUUGCAUAUAAAAGAGACUUAACGAAGAGAUCCUCUCUACUCGGGGCACAGUGUAGCUCUAGAGACAUACACCUAUGACAGUGGAGCUAUCUGCCUUGUGGCAGUUUUCAGUGUUUUUAUUUUAUAUACAGAUUAUAUAUUAGCUAUAGUGAAUUGUUACCUUAGAGGUUUUAUGAAAUGUGAUAUUGCACUCCAUGUGAGGUAUGAUUUGUGUCAAAACAAUUUCCAUGACAUUUGUAAGACAUUUGUGUGGUCUAUGAAAGAAAAGAAAAUGUGUUUUUGUAUCUAAAAUAUUUAUACAUGCUAGUAAUAAACAUUCUUUUUUUAUCAAAUGAAAACAUUCA